CUCUUCUCCCUAAACCAUCCCAUCUCACUAGCUAGCACUAGCAGUCGCUUGCUGCUGCCCAGUUCUUGUCUACGUGCUACUGAUCAACGGAGCUUACAACCUAAUUAAGGCGCGCGUAAGCCAUGGCAUCCAAGGCCGUCCUCUUCUUGGCCCUCAACCUCCUCCUAUUCACGGUGGCCAACGCCUGCGGCAGCUGCCCGACCCCGACGCCCCCGGUCGUGCCGCCGCCGCCGCCCCCUUCUUCCCCACCCCCAUCCAGCGGCAAGUGCCCGGUGAACGCGCUCAAGUUCGGCGUGUGCGCCAACGUGGACGGCCUCGUCAAAGGCGAGGUCGGUAAGGUGCCCGCCGAGCCGUGCUGCAGCCUCAUCGGCGGCCUCGCCGACUUCGAGGCCGCCGUCUGCCUCUGCACGGCCAUCAAGGCCAACGUGCUCGGCGCCGUCAUCGACAUCCCUAUCAAGCUCAGCGCCCUCAUCAACUACUGUGGCAAGUGCGUGCCCAAAGGUUACACCUGCGCGUAAACUCCGCGGCUACACGCUCGUGGGUCGUAGCCUCUCGCGUCCGUAGCGUAAGCACGCACCUGCAUGGCACACACUGUUUGGUGUGAACUCUCUUCUGUGUCUCAUUUGUGCAACUUCGGUUCUGCAACCUAGAACCGUUUCGGCCAAAUGCUUGUCAGUUUGUGUGUGUAUUGUGUCUCUCUUGACGAAAUUCCUUUCUCGUUUUUGCAUUUGUUCGUAAGAGGCAUGCAUCUCCUAGCUUGAGCUGAACAAGGGGAGUGUUGCUUCUAGUUUUUUAUAUUUAUGAAUCAUGUAAUCUGUUGGGAAUUAUUUAUAUAUAUCGUGUAUGUAAAAUCAAGCACUUGAAGUACUACUUGUAAUACUUAUUCCAUUUGUUAAUUGUUCCCUUCUCUUUUGGAGGGAGAAUAAAUAAAGCCAUUUUGUUACUCUCUCA